AUGAAGCUUAGUGGAAUAUUAAGUCUUCUGAGUAUUACAACCUCGGCAUUAGUGUCUGCUGAUCAACAGAAUGCGUUUCAACUGAGCCAAAAUAAUGAAGAGCCUGUUCAAAAACCGCAAUGGACUAAUCAACUGGCAGUUUCGGAUGAAACUCCAUUCUGUAAAAUGGAUAAAGAUGAAAAUUUAGGACCAGGUUGUGAUGUAACCAUCGCAGAGAUCAAUAGCAUUAAUAAAAAGAUAAGGAAAGAUAUCGUUAGUCUCGUGAAUACUGAUUUUUUCAGAUAUUUUAAAUUCGAUCCCUUCAAAAAAUGUACAUUUUGGGAAAAUAAUGAUGGUAUAUGUUUCAGUAGAAGUUGUGCUGUUGAUGUUGUUGAGGAUUGGGCUAAAUUACCUGAAUAUUGGCAACCAGAAGUGCUGGGUUCUUUGGCUAAUGAUAGUACAAAUGAAAAUGAGACGCAUCAUACUGCUGAAGAUGAUGCAUCUUUCCUUAAUGAACUUUGUAACAAUAAUAACAACAAGAAUAAUCAAUUAGAUAUUAAUAACGAUUUGAAUUAUUAUGAUAUCAAUGAUUUUUUGAAUAAGGAUGCUGUCUUGGUUGAUCUAUCAAAGAAUCCAGAGAGAUUUACUGGCUAUGGUGGUCAAGAAGCUGGUCAAAUUUGGAAAAGUAUAUACGCUGAGAAUUGUUUCUCUUCAGAUGAAGCUGAUACUUGUUUAGCCAAGGAUGCCUUUUAUAGAAUCGUAUCAGGUUUACAUGCUUCCAUUGGUACUCAUUUAUCAAAUGAUCAUUUAGAUACUACUACAGGCGAAUGGGGUCCAGAUUUGGAUCUAUUUAUGGCUAGAGUAGGGAAUUUUCCUGAGAGAGUCUCCAAUAUCUAUUUCAAUUAUGCUAUUGUUGCUAAAUCUCUAUGGAAAAUCAAACCAUAUUUGAAAGAAUUAGAUUUCUGCAAUAGUUAUGAUAACAGUGUUAAACAAAAAAUCAUUAACAUUGUAUCUCAAUUGGAUAGUAGGAUUUUCGACGAAGAUUUAAUGUUCAAGGAUGAUUAUGAUGCCUCAAUAAAAGACGAUUUUAGAAGCCGUUUCAAGAAUGUUACCAAAAUAAUGGAUUGUGUUCAUUGUGAUAGAUGUAAGAUGUGGGGUAAAGUUCAAACUACAGGUUACGCCACUAGUUUGAAGAUUCUAUUUGAAUUAAAUGAAGCAGAUGAAGAAUCUAGACAACAAGUGGUAAAUAGAUUGACUAAAUUUGAAUUGAUCUCCUUAUUGAACACAUUUAAUAGAUUGUCUACCUCCAUUCAAUCUAUUAACAAUUUUGAAACUUUAUAUAAUGAAAGAGUCAACGGUGAAGAUAAUCAAGGUGCCAUUGCAAAUUUUUUCCAAAAUAAUAAUUUCUUUAAAUUAAUCGAAAAGGCUAAGGAUUCUAUCAUUGACAAAUGUAAGAAACUAAAUGGUUCCAAUGAUACUUCUGAAAAUGUUAUCGAUCCUGUGGAAGAACCAAUAAUAGAAAAUGAAGAAGAAUCCAAAUUUAAAGAUUUGAAGAUGCCAAAGAAGAAACAACAACCUAAGAGGAAACAAAAUACGUCUAAUAACGAUGUCUCUCCAAAUUCGAUUGAAGAAGAGAAUGUUUGGGCCAGAGCAUGGAGAACUGAAAUUCAUAAUACUAAGGAAGCUUUCAGAUUCAUACUCAGAAGUUAUAUUGAUCUUCCAAAGAAUGUGGGAAACAUGCUAUUAGUUAACUUCAACAGAGUAUGGAACAAGUUUGUUGGUGUUAAGGAUUAUUUGAUCGAAGAAGAAAAGGAUCCAAGUGUAUAUAAAUUAGAUCUACAGUAG